AUGGACAGCCAAACCCAAACCCACCAGGCUCCGGUUCUCAAUAAACUGCCCACCAUUUCCACGGUGGUCAGCAUCGAGCCCGAGCCCGAGCCAAGUUUGGGGCGUCACACGCCCAACGACAUCCGGAAGGAUGAGAGUCAGACCCAGUCGUAUGCCCAAGCGGUUCGCGACCAUCCGCCGGCUUUCCUCUGGUGCAUGUACAUUGUCUGGGUGAUGCUCAGCUCGAAUUAUACCAACACGGCCGGAAGCUCGGUACUCGGCAUCCCUCGAUUCCGCAAGGACUUUGGCCAUCCAUAUCAGGGUGGAUAUGUGCUCGCCGCAAAAUGGCAGUCUGCAUACUAUGGGGCAUCCUCCGCAGCGGGUGUCUUGGGUGCAAUAGGCGCCGCCUGGCUCUCCGACAAAGUAGGCCGCAAACCGAUUCUAGGAUUGGCCCUCAUCGUCAAAGCUACAUCGACCACUCUUCAGGUGGUGGCCACGACGAACUCUGUGUUCUUCGGUGGCCUUUUCCUGAACGGACUCAGUACCGGCGCCCUCACCACCAUGGCCUUCACCUAUAUCGGCGAAGUGUCUCCCUUGGCCUUACGCGGCAUCAUCUCCGCCGGCACCCCCAUGGCGAUCUGUUUGGGAGGACUGUUCGCCGCCAUCCUGACCAACUACACGGGCGAACAGGAUUCUCGCUGGGCAUAUCGAACGGGCUUUGUGUCCGAGUACGGCUUCGUGGCGGUGUCGGCCGUGUUCCUGCCAUUCAUGCCUGAAUCCCCCUGGUGGCUGGUCGGUCGUGGAAAGGUCGACAAGGGGCUCCGAUCCCUUCACAAAUUGGGCUACAGCCCAACCCAGGCACAAGAACAAGUCAGAUCGAUCUGCGACACUCUCGAUAAGGCAAAGGCCGAGACCUCGGGCGCCAGCUACAUUGAGUGUUUCCGUCGAUCAAACCUGCGACGCACCAUCAUCUCGGUGGCACCGUCGUCCAUCCAGGCCCUUUCCGGCGUGGUGUUUGUGUCGGGUUAUUCCACUUACUACCAACAGCUUGCCGGCUUCAGUACUCGCACCAGUUUCCAUCUCUUCAUCACUCAACAGGUGCUUUCCAUCUUCGGCAAUUUCUGCUCCUGGUUCUUGAUUGAUCGGGUGGGACGACGAUCCUUGAAUUUCUGGGGUGUCGCCCUACUCACGGUCCUGCUCCUUAUCACCGGGGCCCUAGCAGUUGCCGACACUCACAGUACAAUUAAGGCGACUGUCGCCUUGAUCUUGUUCUAUUGCUACGUCUACAACGCCACAAUCGGCGCAGCAGCUUUUACUAUCAUGACCGAGACCGCCACCGCUCGACUCCGGGCCAAAACGGCAUCGAUGGCCUUUGUCUUGCAACAGGCGCUAUUUACCAUGUGGGGGUUCGUUCUGCCAUAUCUGUUCAACCCCGACAAGGCGAAUCUUGGAGCAAGGGUCGCCUUCAUUUUUGGCGGUCUGAGCGUGCUUUGUCUGAUCUACCUGUGGACAUAUCAACCUGAUACGGCAGGAUUAUCCUACGAAGUGAUUGACGAACUUUUCAUCAAGCGUGUGCCUGCGAGACAGUUCAAGCAUUACCGCACGAGCAAGACAGACGGACCAGGCGUGGAGUAG